CUGUAAUACCAUUCUUUAUUUUCUAAAGGCUGGACAAACAAUUCCCUGAUUGGUUAACUAUACGUUUGGGAAGAGUGUUAGCUGAAACUUCUUACAAAACAAUUUAGUAGUGAUUGUUUAGCUUUGGUGACUUGAAAUGAGUAUUUCCCGGAUAUUAAAACGUUAAUAACAUCCUCAAGCUACACAAGCCCGACAGAACGUUAAGUGAGCGGGAAAUCGCAUUUGUGACGUUACUUGCUUUUUUUUUCUUACAGGAAUCAAUUUGGAUCAAACUAUACGAAUUUCAAAGCACAGGGAUAAGCAAACUUUAGCCAAGCAAAAAAAAAAAAAAAAAAAAAAAAAAAAUUUUUGCUUCUUUAGCGAAGAAUUACAGCGACAGCAACAGCGAAACCUCUCCAAAGAUUAGUCUCUCGGUAAAGGUGACUUUCAUUUUUCUUGGUAUUUUGGCAUUUCUCAUAUUCGUAGCUAACUCUACAGUGAUUCAUCUGUACAAGAAAAACCGUUACCUAAGAACGAUGACCAACUUUUGUUUAGUGUACCUUGCCGUGUCAGACUUGCUGGCCUCAAUUGUUGCUAUUCCUCUUAUUGUAAUAUGCAACACCACGGCGGACUUGGACUGCACUGCUAUGGAUUUCGCGACGCGCUUCAUAGCCAUAUCGACCAUUCUUCACUUGAUGGUCGUAUCGACAGAGAGGUUCAUCAUGAUCGUUUAUCCGAUGUACUACAUCAAACUGGUCACYAAGAAAAGAAUCAUUGUUGUGCUGGGGAGUGUCUGGGUAUUCUCCCUUACUGUAGUAUUAAUUCAGUUAUCCUGGGUCAUCAAUGAAACCCAGGCCGUAAAGUACGACCUAUCAUACAGUCUCACUACCUUCUGUGGCAUCGUCCUUCCAGCCCUCUGCUUCAUGAUCUUUAUUUAUUCCAAGAUAUUCACAGUACUUCGAAUACAGAUCAAAAAAAUCAAAAGACACAACAUCCCAGAGUCCUUACAAGCCAACAAGGUCUCAGAAGAUGUUGCGUCCAAGCGAAGCGAACACCGAGCAGUGCUUGUCUUUGCUCUGAUGAUCAUAACGUUUGUCUUAGACUUGGGCAUCGAAGUUCCUGCUGCAGAAUUCUGGUUAUUUUUGAGGUUCGCUACGUCCCUUAUGAACCCUUUACUUUACACUUUCCUUAAAACGGACUUCAAGAAAGCACUAAUUGGACGAAUAAGAUCAGAAUCGCAAAGGUUCUACAAAAGCGUUAAUACACAGAACGAAACUCGGAUUUAGACAAGAUGAUUCGGUAAAACAUUAGGUAAUUCUAUAGUUCUACGGUUGAUGAGUAGCGAAAUGUGAGGAACAAGUACUCGCUAUUUCAGURAAAACUUAAUUUGAAACUUAUACAAGCUUAAUUAAUUUACAAGAAGAUGAAUGAAUUAGAACAAACAAAUGAAUAUUACUAGCAGGUGUUAAGUCGCCGCUUAAUAAUACCUUGAAAAGAUAUCCAUCGAUGAUUGAUAUUAAACUACCGAUUACUAAA